AUGUCCACCCGGCAGCCUUCUUCCAAAAAGGCAGCGGAGGAGACUCCGCGCCCGGCCAAGCGGUCGAGAUACGAGAGGAAACAAGACCAGAUGCAUCCAGCAACACUUUCUCUUCUGCGCCAAUAUCUUGGACUCGAGGACAAGACUAAUUCAGUCUUCAACUCCGCCACGCCGCUCGAUCCGGUCUUUAUUGCCAUAGAUGUUGAAGCGUUCGAGUAUGCAACGCAAAAAGUCACCGAAGUUGGCAUCGCCGUACUCGAUACACGCGAAUUGCCUGCCUUUCCCAAUGCUUCGGCUUCGGAAUGGGCUGAAAAGAUCCGCACCCACCACCAUAUCAUCCAGGAACAUAGGCAUCUUCGUAACAAGAGAUUUGUCAAAGGCUGCCCCGAAAACUUUAUGUUCGGUGAAAGUAACGUCACGCCGUUGAUAAAGAUGAGGGACAUCCUGAAACUAGCCUUCACCCCUGCGGAUCCGAGUGCCGGCGAAAAUUGUCUCCGCAACGUCGUUCUAGUCGGUCAUGACGUACGGGGAGAUCUCAAUUGGAUUGCCAAGCUUGGUUACUCUAUCCGCACAACGAAUCCGCCCAUCGGCCUUGUUGAUAGCCAAAAGAUUGCGAAAGCUCUCAAACUGCCAGAGGGUCUGGCGACUCUGGUGAAUGCCCUCGGAGAGCACCCCGAGUUUCUUCACAACGCCGGUAAUGAUGCGUACUGGACCAUGCAGUCGGUACUCCUCUUGGCUUUGUAUGGCUCGGUACUCCCGGAACCGCCCAGCAUGGAAAACGCUCGCCAAAUCCGAGAGAAGCAGAUCCAAGCCGCGAAAGAGAAGAGCGACAGGCUUAAUGCAGAGGCUAAAAGGGUAAGGGAAGAGAAGGAAGCCAAGGAGAAGGAAGCGAAGGAAGCGCUGGACCGCCAAGGCGAGGGGCUUCACGACGUCAGUACCAAAGACCUGCCAAAAGUCAAGGCGGCUCAACCCCGGCAGGUCAAAGGAAGAAAAUCAGAAGAAGCCAAGAAGCCUAGAUCUGUUCCGGGAGAAGGAGCCGAGCCCAGUAGCUCCGGGACCAAGAAGACUAGACGUCGGAGUCGCAAAGCCAAGAUAUCUACUAAAGACUUGAACUACACUGGUAGUCAUUAA